CAUGGGAUAGGGCCAAGUGCAGACAGGAAGCACAUUAAGUGUUAGACAGAAAAAAGCUUUCAUAAAACAAGCCUCGCUCAGGCUCCGGCAUUCCAUAUUUUCAUCCACAGGUUACAUCAAGCACGGUCUUAUCGAGGGUCCGAAAUGGCAGUUGAGGGCCACACGCUGGAGUUCUGCCUCGCUGAGGAGGCCGAUUUUGAGGAAGUGAUGUCCAUCUCUGGAGACGUCUACGGGGGCAUCGAUUACCUGCCUGCCCGUUACCACGCCUGGAUCCAGGAUUCAGUUCGAAGGGUGAUCCUGGCUAAAAAGAAAGGGCAAAUAGUUGCCCUUGUUUCAGUGAACAUUGUGGACGACGGGCACACGGCGGUGGUGGAAGGGUUGAGGGUGGCACCGCUGGAGAGAGGCAAAGGAAUCGCUGGGCUCAUCCAGGGCUACAGUCUCAAUCUGGUCAAGGACCAGUUCCCAGAGGUCAAAGUGCGACGCUACGUUAGAUCCGGCCAGCUGGCACCCGAGAUUCUUACCAAGUUCCGACUGAUAUGUAAACAGGAAAUUCUUUCUGUGCAGUUCAAGGCCGAAGAUAUCCGUCCAAAGCUGGAAGCUGCCUUCACCUGGCUGAAGGAGAGUGGGAAGCAAUGGGAAGAUCCCGUCCUGCUUGGGGCCUCGGAGGCCAAGCGGCUGUUCCUGAGCCAAAGGGUGGUGGACGAGGUGCUGCCUGGGAAGGCCAUUAUUCAAGACUGGGUUCCGUACAAGCCACUGGAGAGCAAUCUAGAGAAGUUAGUGAGUCAAGACUUCAUCUGGAUGGCCGAUGACAAAGAAGAGCCCACAGUCCUCAGCCUGGGCACUGCUCCCUACAGGGUACCCUUGGGGACUGGCUACCACCGGCUGAAUAUUGAUAUAUUUGGGAAGCAAUUCCCCAGGGCCAGAAACCAGUUCCUCGCUCAGCUCCAGCAAAGAGUCAGCACCUUAGAGGGCCCAAUUUACUGCCUCUUGUAUUUUGAGCCAUCCAUAUGGCAGGACAUGCUUUCCUUCUGCCAGACUACCUUAGAACUCCACAAGGAUAGAGACUUUGGGGGGCAAAACUUGCUGGAGGCAGAUAUGUAGACCUGUAAGGGAAAGAGCCCUCUCCCCUGCCAGUCCCUUCCUGCUUCUGGGCUCAGUAGUUCAUCCAAUAUCUCUCUUUCUCUAAAGCUAUCACCUCAGAUUGUAAAGUGUUGUAGAUUCAAGUCUGCAUUCCAGGCUUUGAAAGCCAACCAGUCCCAAUGUCUGGGUGGUGUGGAAUUGUCCAGUGCUUGAAUGCACGGGUCUGAUCACUGAUGUAUGCCCACUGUACUUGAUUGCUUGAGCUUGGAUGCUGGCACAGAGCCAAGCAAACAGAUAACAAUUUCAAA